UUCAGUCCUCCUGCUUCUCCAUAGUCCCAAAACUCGCACCAAGCUUCCCCCUUCUUGCUCCAAAAACUGGUACUUCCCCCUUCUCGCUGCAAACUCGCACCAAGCUUUUAUGGCGGCGUUGGCUUCCACCAGUCUAAUUGCUUCUUCAGCCAUGAGUGAUCAAAGCCCCCCUUGGUCGCUCCCAGCGACGCCACCAUGGGCCGCCCCUCCUACGCCACGGAAGGGCCCGUGGUGGUGCCAAGGCUUAGCGGCGGCUGGCUUAGCUGGCCCCACCGCCCCAGGCCGCCGGAAUGCCAGGUUGUGGGGACCCACAAAUCGCACUUCGAGAAGAUUUUUGCCUCCCUGGCUCGGCGCUGGCUGGCUCCCUCCCGCUUCCAAAUCGCCCGCCUCUCUCUCUCUCUCUUGGGGAUUCCUCCUCCCCUUCCCGGCUUCCCCCAACCGAAUUUCUCUUGGGCAUUUCCUCCUCCCCUUCACUGCUUCCCCCAACCGAAUUGAGAGAAGAACCCCAAGCCCCAAGCAACAUUGCAACAGACUUCCGUCCGUCGUCAUCGUGGAGAUGCAGGCAGUGGUGCCCCAGGGUGCGCGCUUCGUGCGGCUGCACUGGCGCUGCAGCGGUCACCGGGGCCGCACUGUGUACCUCGCCGCCGACGAGGACGGGAGAGGCAUCAAGCUAUCGGGCUUGCGCGAAGCGCCACACACCGUGUGGGCACUUGAGCAUCUGACGGACCCGUAUGGCGAGCGGGCUUUCCUCCUCCGCGGCGCCUACGGACGGUACGUCGUCGCCGACAAGUACCAGAGGCCGCGCGUGAUCCAGGCGACCGGGUGGAUGAGGUCGCUCCACCUGAGAUGCCGUGGCAGUUGCUUCAGACGGGUGGCGACCUCCUCGUCGGAAGUCGACUGGGCGGGUUCCUCCGCGCCACCAUCAGUUACCGCUACGCCGAUGUGGUUGUUGGGGAAAACGACGGGAGCACCAUGCUCCAUUGGGGCGUGGAGGUCGUACCCUCGCUUGUCCACACCGCAGAUAGGAUUGAUUCGCUUAUGCAACUCCAGAAGCACACCAAGGUGCAGUGGAAGGGUGAAGGGUCCAAGAUUAUACGUUACGUCAAAGCUGAUCUAGAUGGCGUCAUCAAUGAAAUGGCUUGGUCUAACAUCAGACUGAACUCAAACAGUCUAGUAAUUACAAUGCAAAUGAUCUUGCAACAGGAUAAUGAUGUUCUACAUGCAGCAAUAUGUGUUAGGGGAGGCCAGUAUGGACAGCUCACACCACUCCUCGUGGACCUUCCUACAAGCAAUGAUCGUGUCGAUGUAGUACUUCUUAGUCCCAACACCGCAGUGCACCUUCACCUACUGUACCCGGAGUGGCGUGCUGAAUCGAUGGCGUGGCCUGUACCGCUUCCUAGAUUAGCAGUCGCUUCCUCCGCAGAAGGGCCAGAGGGUUUGAGCAUUCUGGACAAAAUGGAUAAAUAUUUACCUGAUGAAGUACUUUACUCCAUAGUGCUGAGGCUUCCAACAAUGUCUGAUAUAAUGCACCUGGCAUUUACCUGCAAGUGGUUUUACCGGAAGCUUGCAGCCAUUGGUUUCGCAAGAGCUUACUGCCAUGAAAGACAGAACUCAGUCCGGACACUUGUUGCAGCAGUUAAUUGUGAAACAGUGGAAAUAGCAGCCACCGCCCCCAUGGAGCAUGUUGUUGUCGCACUUGAUGCGAUUCUGGACAGAGGAAGGUUCCGUGUUCUGGAUACAAGAUUUGGACAAGUCCUGCUGUAUGAUGAAACAAUUGGAGACAUGAUCAUCGCUAACCCAAUGAAUGGUGAUCAGAUACAUCUUCCAACCAUAGAACCUCCUGUGCUGCACACAUUUUUGGCUGCCGGACUAGUACAAACGAAAACAGGCGAUCGGUUGGUAAUGGCUUUGUUUGCCAGACGCACAUCCUCUGUGCUGGGAACAGAUUGUGCUUGGAUAUGCAGCUCACACCUCUGUCCCGGUCCUGCAAGGUGGAUGGGGCAUUCGCAGCCCGUCAGGUUCCGUCUCCCCCAGUCUAGAUUGCAGAUCCGCAGUCCUUCAAUUCUUGCAGAGGAACAUUGGCAUCUCUUAUCUUUUAAUGAUUGCAUCCUAUCUAUCAGUCUAGAUGGCGAGCAUGCCCUGUCAAGGCUUGCACUUCCUUUUGAGACAAGGGUUGAUAAAGUACCAGCGCAUCUUCUUGCCAAGAUCAGGGAUGGGAGCCUUGCACUUCUUGUCCGUGAAGAUGGCGUUCUUACAGUGUGGGUUUAUAGGUUCGUGAAAACCCCUAAAAACUGGGAAUGCGAGCAGUACAAGAGCUACUUUGUCGAAGAUCUCGCACUAUCGUCUGUAGCAGAAGAAAACAGUUUGAUUUUGAACCCUCACUUGAUCGCUUUGAACAUUGAGACUGGGGACUUCAGCCUUCCAUUCCAAUUACCAGAUGAGUAUGACGAAGGACAAGUUGUGAACCUGAAGAUGCCUUGGCCUCCUCGGCCUAUAUUGGUUGCCACUGGACCCUAAGGAUCAGUAGACGUUCUUUGCCUUUUCUCUGAUUCUGUUUCGUACAUGAUGCCAGAUGCAUACCCCUAUGCUGUUCGUGCUGUCUGCACUUUUAUUAAGAAGGAGCUUGCCUCUCAACUCAGAGAUGAUCUUCUUGCAGUUGUUAAUUCGCAAACUAAGUAGUAACAAUGAAGAUUCACAAACUGGACAAGAAAUGCCAGCCAAGAAAAGGAGAAUUUCGAAUCCGACUACGAGCAAAUCAAGUUCAAAAAAGGACUCACAAGCUCAUGCCUCAAUGCAGAAUGCACAAGUGCAGCAAUGUCAUUGAGAGUGGCAGUGGAAUAUUUUGAUAUUUUAGUUGAUCUGGGUUGUUUCUGCUGGUAGCAGUCUUUUGAUUUUGUAGUUCCUAAUCUGAAUGAUGGGAAGAGUGAAGUGCUGAAUCUGUUUGGGAUGGAACUCUGGUAGUUUAUAACUGCUUAAAAUACAAUUGUGGAUGAUAAUGCAAUGCUGGGGCACAUUAUUUGAAUACUGCUAUAUGUGAUAUUUUGGGGGCAGGUUACUGAAGUGCACCUAUUUGUUUAAGGGCAAAUUUCAAAGUGCAUCCAAUUGGUUUU